AAACCGCCCCAAAGUUUUAUGGUAUCUUGGCGAUUCGUGCAAUCUUUACAGCCCAGAAGUCCUAUCUUAUCUGGAAGCAGCAAAAUUUUGUUGACAAAACUUGACUGAUAAUCAGGGUAGGUCACCACUGCAAACUUACACGCCUCUAGCGGGCGUUUAAUGCCCUCAGAGAAGAAAAAAAAGAUGGCGACGAUGAAAGUUUUCAUUUCAGAAAUUAUUUCCAGGUGUCGACGCCAAGGAGGACUACUUUAGGCUGCGUAACGCUAACCGUUUUGGACACAGUGUAACACGUCCAACUGACGCCACUGCGCAUGGGUCGCGAGUUAUGCAAAUGAGGGCCAUAUUCCUGGAUCUUCUCAGGUAGCUGAGGCAAGUCUAAACUUCCAAAGAGUUCCAUUUCUUUCACAUAAGAAACUAAAAACCGGAGAAGAUAUUCCCCGUUGGUUAUCUAAACACGGCUAAGAUGUGAUUCCUACACGAUAUAUUAUAAUUAUCAAAAAGCAAGAAAAAAAUAUUAAAACAAAAUUCCCAAAGGCAGUUUACCCCGUCCGGUAACCUUGAAAAAAAAACCACAAACCGGAAGUGAGAAGGGAACACCGUUAGAUGACAUCACCCAUGUCGCAGACGGAGCAGUGGAAGUCUUACCCACACGCGAACUCUCCCCACAGAGCCGGGGGUGAACGGAUCUCCCGCACCCCCACAGCACCCCCGCACCUAUCCGCGGCGUCGCCUUCCUCGGCGUCUGUCACACCCCGGGGCUCCCCAAACGCCCCGCCGAACAUCACUUCCGCCUCGCCAUCGCCAACGCCCCCUUCCGGUCAAAAGUACUUCCGGGCGGCCACACCCUCCAACGGGCCGGUUUUAGUCAAAGUUGAGCGAAACGAAUCUAAAAGUCCCAUAGUUUCAAGGGAGUCUCAAAAUUACGCCACCUUGGCCCCCAACAAAAGUGUAGCAGAUAAGCCGUUGCGCCGGAAAUUACCGGCUAGCUACUUCGACCACACCGGUAGCCUCGUGUCGGAUGACCUGAAACCGGCUAUAAAAGUCUCACCGCCGUACACCCCUGACCGGUUCCAAGCAGACGAGUUGGGGCCCCCUCCCCCGCAGGCCGUAGCCGUCUGCCCGACCGGACAAGAUUACGUCAUCAACGCUUCCAACGCUUCAAGCGGAAGCACGGUCCGGAUAGCCUACGCCAACAACAGGUACCAACAGGCCCUGGAGCUAAGCCCCUCCCAGCAGGAAGGUAAAGACACGCCCCCGUCGUAUUCGGAACUUCAAAGCCACUCAAGAUCAACCCCAGGGACAGGCUCCUCGACGCAGACGCGCUUAAGAAUCGCGCCCAUCUCGAGUCACCUGACGCCACUAGGGACCUCAACCCAGCUGACGAACCUAUCACAUUCCACAUCAUCACAGCUGACUCCGCUGAGUCAGUCUGGCUCCAUCUCGGCGCAUCUGACGCCGUUAGGUCAGUCCUCGCACUUGACCUUGACCGCAGGGGGUCAGUCCUCGCACUUGACCUCUGGGGGUCAGUACGAGACGCCGCUGCUGCCCCGGGAAGACGUGGACGACUUCUUCGACAACCUGGACAGAUCCAGACAACACGUGACCUCCCUGGAUGUCACCAGGCAGACCCUCUCCGCCAUGUCCAACGGCCAGUACCCCGCGCACCACGAUCCUGACAGCGCGAGCUACAUCCACCUCACGAACUCACCCUUAAACCCCGCUCAACACAGCUACUACAGCCCGAACCCUUCCAGAACCCGAAUCCUCAACCUCCAACCCUCAUCGUACUCGGAUAACCCCUCGCACUCAACCCAAUCCCCGAACUACCUCCGACAGAUGCCGCCUCUCUUCGGACCCUCGCGCCAAGCAACCCACACCCCAACCGGAAGUGGAUAUUCCAACAACCCUGGUCAACCCUCCGUCGUCCAGGUGUCAGGUCACCUAUGGCCCGGGGGUGACGCAGUCUACACCAAUUUAACCGGCCCGUCACCUGAUUCCGAGAACUACGAGUACACUGUCCAAGACACCGGAAGUGGACUUUCACUAAUCCCCACCUCCAGGUCGGAGUCGGUACUGUCUCGACAGCUAGCCAGGCCCCCUGCUGCUAUCUUGGACAGCUACGGCCGCGGGCUGCCCAGCGGGGUCGGGGGGUCAUACCCCAGCCUAGAGAAUCAUCCCUGGAACUAUGUUAUGCAGGAUGGUCGAGCCAUUAAAGACGGCAGCGAGGACUACUUUGUCUCGGCGGAAGGUCGCGAGUGUGUCAACUGCGGCACGAUCUCCACGCCCCUUUGGAGGCGGGACGCUACGGGCCACUACCUGUGCAACGCGUGCGGGCUGUACAACAAGACGAUCAAUGGCGGGCUGCGCGAGCCAAUGGACGACGACAACUCGGGAACGCCCCCUGAUCAGGGCACGCCCACCAGCCCGCCCAGCUCGCAGAUUGCACAUAUCGUGCCCAUGACGGCGGGGCAUGUUAGGGGCAUUGGCUCCUAUAAGGGUUCAGAUGAUGAGGAUCAGAGGUCAAAGAAAUUACC